ACUAUAUAAUAGAACAUAUCGUUCAUUUUACUAUUUUACCUCCAUGAAUCCAUGAUUUGUAUUCUCCCACCACUAGUUAAGAGUAACAAACUCAAUCUCCGUAGUCCGAUCAUAGUUUAUACACGUGUUUUUGAAUUUAACAACGUGGUAUUCACGCAAGUAUAAAUCAAAUAUCAUAAAUAAAUUUAAUUUAAAAAAUUAGUAAAAUGAACAUCGAUACAAGUGACAGUGAUGGUAGCGGGGAUGAUUGGGAUGAAUUAAAAGAAGACGAAUUAAUAAAUAUUUCUUGUUUAUUUUGCAAAGAUGAGUUUCAAGGUUAUAACGAUGCUUUGAAUCACAUCAAGUUACAACAUCUAUUUGAUAUGCCAAAAUUAAUAAAGGAUUAUCAGUUAGAUGAUUAUUCUUUUAGAAAAUUUAUUAACUUUGUCAGACAGCAUAAAUUAACGCCAAAUGAUAUUGGGUCAAUUAAAUGUGAUACAUGGGAUAAUGAUAGAUAUCUAACACCCAUUAUUCCAGAUGAUGCUUGGUUGAUGUUCGAUAUUGAAGAAUUGGAUGACAACUUGAUCACAAAUCACCGUUCAAUCGAAGUAAUCGAAGAAGUUAAUGAACCUCAUACACCAAUAAACAAUGAAAGAUUAAAUUCUUACCCCGUCAAUGCUGAAAAUGGCUGUGUUACAUUAUCAGAACAGCAUUUCGUCGAGUUACAAAAAACAAUUAAGGAAUUGAAAUUACAAUUAAAACAACGUGAAGCAGCCUAUUUUUGUGCUAAAGAGCAAAUUGAAGAAAUGCAAAAAAAAGUACAAAAUCUAAUUAUUGAAGAUGAUGUAGAUAUACCUAAAAGAUUAUUGAAUAGUACAGGUGUGCUUAACGACGACGGCUAUUUCAAUACUUACAGCCAUUUUGCUAUUCAUCACGAAAUGCUGACGGAUACAGUGAGAACAGAAAGUUAUCGUGAUGCACUUUUAACCAAUUCUCAUUUGUUUAAUAAUUGUACGAUGCUAGAUGUCGGUUGUGGCACUGGUAUUUUGUCAAUGUUUGCUGCCAAAUCAGGAUGUAAAAAAAUCAUAAGUGUGGACCAAUCUGAUGUUAUUUAUCAUGCAAUGGAUAUCGUCAGAGAAAAUAAUUUGAAUGAUGUAAUUGAAUUGAAAAAGGGACGAUUAGAAGAUAUUAAUCUUGGAAUUGAUAAAGUUGAUGCAAUUGUAUCAGAAUGGAUGGGAUACUUUUUACUAUUUGAAGGAAUGUUGGAUACAGUGAUUUACGCCCGUGAUCAUCAUUUAAAAGCGGGCGGAAAAUUGUUACCUAAUCGUUGCACUCUAAGUGUAGUGGGUAGUGGUGACACGAAACGUUACAUCGACCUUGUAGAUUACUGGUCGAAUGUUUAUGGAUUUAAAAUGAGUUGUAUGAAAGCUAAAGUUGUCAAAGAGCCAAGUAUCGAAAUUUCUAAUGUUAAAGAUAUCGUUACAAACGUAUCGCUGAUUCAAAAUUUCGAUCUUUAUACAGUUGAUACGAAUUGCGUGAAUUUUACUGCGCCUUUUGAGUUUAAUAUAAAAAAAACUGGCUCACUUACUGCUAUUAUUGGAUAUUUUGAUGUUUUCUUCGAUCUUGACAAUCCAGUCAAGUUUAGUACGGGACCACAUAGUCAGCCUACUCAUUGGAAACAAACAGUCUUUUCCCUCAGUGAACCAAUCAGCAUUACCGAAGGUGAAGUAAUCAAUGGGAAACUGAUUUGUCAACGACAUCCAAAAGAUAAUCGUGCAUUAAUAAUUACUAUUGUAAUUAAAAAUCAUAGUCAAGUUUACUAUCUUGAUUAGUAAUAGUAUACAACUAUAUGAUUCGCAAUGAAGAUUAGUAUUUAACAAUUGAUAAUGAUUUUACAAUUCAUAAUUAUUAAAAUUAGGUACAUAAUAAAUUCUUGAAAAACAAUGGCACAAGCUAUACAAUGAGACAAAAAAUGAGACAUGAUUUUUUCAGAUUACACUACAACAAAGUUGGCUUCUUGAGCUAUAUUAUAUUGUUCCAGUAGUAACACCAAACUUUCAUGUCGACAUUCUGCCAAGCAUAAAUUAAUUUUAGGCUAAUGGUUCAGGGAACUAUUAGCGUAAACGAAACUAAACUACCAAAAAGUUUAAAUUUUGGUACAGAUUCGAUGAAAAUUAUUUUUUUUUUACUCAGACAAUCUCAAUUGAAAUGAAGGAAAAAUUUUUAAAUAUAAUUCAUAUUUUAGUUAUUACGCAUUAUUGUUACUGAGCUUCCUUUUUGACAAUCGAUAUUCUAGGUUAUUAUUGAAUAUUCUAAUGUAAUAAUUAAAAUAGUAUAAAUUUUUCGCUCAUUUGAGCUUCAGCACAAUUUUUCUAGCCUUGU